UGGGUGAAACUGUCUGAGGUUGCUGUCAAGGGUGCCCAAUAUAACUCCUAUGAACAUCAGCCCCACCCAAAAUGUCUGCAAGGGACCUGUUUCGUAACAACCUGGGUGGAUCUCCUCAAAUACAUCCACAGAUUCCUGGAUGAUACAGAGAAGAAUCAGCUCGUUUGGCUGCAUGGCAUGGCAGGCAUCGGAAAGUCUGCUAUUGUGUUCACUGUAGCUGAGAGGAUGAGAGGUCUAAAAGUGACAGAAGAGAUGAAUGUCAAAAAGUGGCUGGCAGGGAUGUUCUUUUUCUCUCGCAAGCACAUGAAACGUUGCACAGCUGGAUAUUUUUUUGCAAUGCUUGUCUACCAACUUGCCAACAAUUUUCCCAGCAUCUGGAAGGAUGUGAACAGAGCUAUCCAUGAUAAUCCCGCUCUACUAGACCCAGACAUGCCUCUCUGUGACCAGAUGGAGGCUCUCUUUCUCCAACCCCUCCAGAAACUCCAACUCAGAUUGCGUGGAUGUCUGCCUUUGUCAUUUGUUGUCGAUGUGCUUGAUGAAUGCACAUCCGAACUUGAGCUUACCAAUCUCAUCCUUUCCCUUGCACAGGCCCUUCAUGAGCCUGAUUUGCCUGUGAUCCACAUUCUGCUCAUGAGUCGCUCAGAAACUCAUAUCUCUAAAGUCUUUCAGAGCGAAGAGGUGUGCCUGUUGGUGUGCGAGAUACCUGUGAGAACUUCUGGGGAGGGUGGUAUCAUCUUGUUAGACGGCGCAGAUGUUGACAACGAUAUCCAUACUUUCUUGUGGCAUUCCUUCAAAGAGCUGGAAGGUCACCAUCCUGAUUUCCCACAGCCAUCAGAGGCUGACCUUACCAAGCUGGUGAGCCAAGCGGGCAGACAUUUCAUCAUGGCAUUUAUGAUGAUGAAGACAGGGAUCCCCACAAUCAGUUGCAACUGA